AUGUGUAAUAAACAACCCACUCUAACCAGUAUACCAGAAAGAGAUGAGAGUGAUGAUGACAAUGUGAAAUGGGUACCAAAAAAGAAACACGAAGUUCUGAAAGCAAAAUACAAAUGCUUAAAAAAGCUGUUCCAGAUUUAUGACGCAAGUGUGAUAGGGAUACUUCCCCAAGCUGAACUAACGCCUAAUGAAGAACCUAAAAUCCAUAGACGAAGAAGAUCUCGAAGAACUAAAACAGAUGCUUGUGCUGGAACUUCAGAAGUGUCAAGCGGUGAUGUUUCUGAAAGAGAGGCUGAUAGAUCGAUCGCUGAAACUGUUAUCAAAGAUCUUAAUUUAGUCACAUCCCAAAAAGAUCAAAUAAAAGAUGAUAAAAGUACUCAAGAUUCUAAAGAGGACCUAUCAGUUGCAAGUGAGAAAAGUGACUACGAAAAUAUACCAAUACAUUACUUGAGCGAAGGGAAGAGACCUACACGUUUUCAAAUUUUUCUGCAAAGAAUAUUGGGCAUAAAACGUGAUAGAACUUAUGGAUAUACGUUGCCAAAUAACCGAAUUUAUCCAUCUAGUGAGAACAAUAUUUCAAAUAGAUACGAAAAAAGACGAAGACGAGGGUUACGACUUAGAAGAAUUAGGCGUCCAAAGAAGAUUCACUCAGAGAUAGAUCUAGGAGAUAUGAAAACUCCAGUCAUUCUGUCAUACGUACAGUCUGCACAAAGGAACUGCCUGAUGGAUACUACACCACGACACUGCCCUAUAGUUGGAUGCAAAAUGAUUUCGUAUGGAAUAAUCAAUUACAAUGAUCACCUAAAUUUAUGUCAUUUUCCGGAUCGCAAAUAUAUAUGCCACUACUGCCACGAAGGUUUUUCUAAAGAAUAUGAUAAAACAGUACACGAGAAUGAACAUCUUGGAAUCACCAGGAUAAGUGCUAAUAUUACUUCGAUGCCUUCAACUGCACGAUUGUCAACUAAGAUGGAAAUCGACACCCAAACGGAUCCUGAACUAUUAAAACUUGACGUGCCAGAAGAAAAAUUGAAAAAAAUCGUGUCAUUCUUCGACAAAAUUUCCAACCCUGAUCAAAUAAUCGCUAAUGGCAAGAAAAAUCGAUAUUCCGAAUCGAAUUUACAAACUCUUCAUCGAAACACCAAAACUGAUACUGAAUCCCAAAUAUCGUCUCAAUUUGAAUCGAAUAAGAGCUCAGACUCUGGAAAUAAAACAUAUAGCAGCGUCGCUUUGCAAAGGAAAUGUGAAAGUAAAAUGACGUCAUCAGGAUCAAAAGAUUGCUCGAAAACCCCUUCUGUGAGAUGUCAGUUGUGUGGAGAAGGUUUUGAUUAUAGACGUCAGUUAAGCCUGCACAUGGACCUAGAGCAUCGUACGAACGAAAAGUUCUCAAAAUUCCACAGUUGCGCCGGCAUUGUCAACCACGAGAGCGACAAGACUAAUUCCACUGUGAAAUCUGAAACAGAAGUUUCUAGAACGAAAUCCAAUGACACCUUAACUUAUGACCCAUCGACUAAUAUAGUAUACUAUACUUCGACCGAGUCUAUAAACAAUACAUCUUCUAAUUCUAUGGGAAAGAUUCGAAGUGGUUUCUUAUAUAAAUGGGAGCCGGGAACUAAAAUUAUUCGUGUU